GGGGGCGGGCUUAGGCUGAGCCGUGGCCGCCACAGCCCAUCGUAGUGCCGCAUGGUGCUUGGCACUCCAGAGAGCCAAUAGGAAUGAAAGGAUUCAUUUGAAUCGCCCAAUGUCGACGGGCUAGGGGGCGGGGGUUGAAAACCCUAUAAAGGCGUCGAUCGGCCGGACACUCGGCUGCGGCGGCUCCUGCAGCGGUGGACGGCUGUUGGGUGUGGAGUUUCCCUGCGCUCCUCGGGUCCGACCCUUUGAGCUUUCUCCUCCCGCGCCAGCCUACCUCGCUCCUCGGCGCCAUGACCACAACCACCACCUUCAAAGGAGUCGACCCCAACAGCAGGAAUAGCUCCCGGGUUUUGCGGCCUCCAGGUGGUGGAUCCAAUUUUUCAUUAGGUUUUGAUGAACCAACAGAACAACCUGUGAGGAAGAACAAAAUGGCCUCUAAUAUCUUUGGGACACCUGAAGAAAAUCAAGCUUCUUUGGCCAAGUCGGCAGGUGCCAAGUCUAGUGGUGGCAGGGAAGACUUGGAGUCAUCUGGACUGCAGAGAAGGAACUCCUCUGAAGCAAGCUCCGGAGACUUCUUAGAUCUGAAGGGAGAAGGUGAUAUUCAUGGACCAGUUACUUUUGCAUUGGACCGAAGAUGUAUUAAUUACUGUUUGUGUUCUAUUUGUACCAUUCUGGAAAGACUUCUGGAGACAGGGCGGCCCAGCAGAGGGACUACUCACCUCCCAGAUGGGGCGGCCGGGCAGAGACGCUCCUCACUUCCCAGACGGGGCAGCGGGACUACUCACCUCCCAGACGGGGCGGCCGGGCAGAGGAAUGGCUACAGGAAUGACUUCGGAGUUUACAUCUUGAGAAAUCUAAGAGGGAGAAGGUCCAGGAAGUUGAGGCAGAGAAGUCUCCCUGACUGCAGAAAAUGUGGACAUAGACUUGCCAGGCAGCCUGAGGCAGAGUGAAGAGAAGCCCGUGCCUGCCGCACCUGUGCCCAGCCCGGUGGCGCCGGCCCCAGUGCCAUCCAGAAGAAAUCCCCCUGGCGGCAAGUCCAGCCUCGUCUUGGGUUAGCUCUGACUGUCCUGAACACUGUCGUUUUGUCUGUUUCCUCCAUGCUUGUGAACUGCACAACUUGAGCCUGACUGUACAUCUCUUGGAUUUGUUUCAUUAAAAAGAAGCACUUUAUGUACUGCUGUCUUUUUUUUUUUUUUUUUUUCUGAACAGGUUUCUCUCUGUCCUUGACUCUUGGGUCUGUGGGCUGUGGCAUGAGUGUUUUCUAGUAGUAGAUUGGAGGGAAAGCUUUGUGACACUUAGUACUGUGUUUUUAAGAAGAAAUAAUUUGGUUCCAGAUGUGUUUGUUAGAGGAUCUUUUGUACUGAGGUUUUUAACACUUUACUUGGGUUUACCAAGCCUCAACUGGACAGACCAUAAACAGUCCACAGGCAGCGUUCCUGCCAGGCCCCAACCCACAGGGAGUCUCUCCGCAGAGCCUUCUUGGUGUUGCCCUAACUUGCCAGUGGCCUUUGCUCAGAGCCUCCUCCUUUGCCAUGUGAACAAUGAAGAGGCCUGCGCCUCAUGCCUUGCCGCCUGCAAAGCAAAGAAACUGCCUUUUAUUUUUUAACCUUAAAAAGUAGCCAGAUAGUAACAAGACCGGCUGGCUGAUGAGCAAAGCCUCUGCUCUCAGGCAGAGGAAGGCUUGGAUGUACAAUGAAACUGACUGGAACUAAAAGCAGUAAAGCAAGGGAGGCAAUCACACCGAAGUGGGUCUUCCUCCAGGAACGGGGUCCCACAGGGGUGUUGUUUUAAAUAACUUAAUGCUGUGUGCAUGAUGCUGGUGCUUGACCAUGAAAGGAAAGUCUCAUCCUUAAAAUGUGUUGUACUUCACAAUCCUGGACUGUUGCUUCAAGUAAACAAUAUCCACAUUUUGAAA